AGGACCCAUCAUAUCAUAGCAUGCAUAUUCGAUCGUUGCCUUUUUUCGAAACGAUCAACGUCUGACGUGUGUCCCCCCUUCUGCUCGGCAAAAGUCUAUGAGUAUGAAAAUGAGCCGGUGUUUCGUUAAAUAUGGCUUGAAAGUUUCUCAAAAUUUCCGUGCGCAUGUACGUGAUAAAGACAUAACUUUUCCAUAGCGCAUUUCCGGUCUCGGUCUGUAGUUACGUUGAAAUAGAAGUUCGUGUACAUAUGAUGAUAUUCGAUUUCGAAAUAACGCCCGAGCUACUCUUUACUCUGCCGCUUGGAGAAGAACAAAGUGGCCAUAUCUCUCGUUGGUUUUGAUUUUUAUACACUUGAGCUCUUGCUCCUACAGUAACGGCCACCAUGUCCUCCACCACUUCCUUUUAUGGGGGCACGGUGAACACCCGGGCCAGCAACACGCCCCGCGAGAAGCAGCCCCGACACUACGCCCGGGUUCCGAUUGUGAAUAUGAGCGGCAGUGCCUACUUCAUCGCCGUUCCCACCCCGGUCGUGCAGACGAGCACAACUGCCUCGGCCGGAGUGUUGAACAAUAACUACGGCGCAUUCCAUCUCGCUGCAAACUACAACAACGCUGACCCAGAAGGAGGGAGUUUAUUUCACCCGACCGGCGGCGCGGCUUCUAACCUACAGCACACGGCACCGGGUGCGGUGCAAAACAUCCACAGCCGUUACGAGGACUUUUUCUUCUCAGACAACACGAACGCCGGGUUCACAGCGGCAGGAGCAUCAUCUUCGAAAGACUACAUAUCCAUCGCAAAAGUAUCGUUAUCGUACGAGUUGUAGUAAUUUUUGCAUGGCACCACACUUUAUCAGCAUGACGAAAAAUUCAAUUUGUAAGGCUGAAUGAGGUAGGAAGCAGCCAGAUAUGUCAUGCAAGACUGCAGCUAGUACGAACGAGCUUGACAUUUUUGCAAAGGAUGUGACAUUACGAGAGCGCGCAAUAAAGGCGUACGAAGCAACGCCUCUGCGGGCAGCGGCUCCCACAGCCAAGGGCCGCCGUCUUUGGCGGACCAGAAUCAGCUGCAAAAAUCAAAGUCCUGCGCGACGAGCAGCAGCCGCAAGAUGAAGCAGAACUCGCGGACGCGGGAAUCUUCGGUCGUGAGCCGCAAGACGUUACUUUCGGAACGGGGCAGCUGUCUCCGGAAUCGCGACGACGAUCCGUUCGUGCGGCAGUGGGAUUUUUCUGACAACGAGGACUUUUCUGACGAGGACCACUUACUCCAGAAUUUCAACUUGUUGAAGAACCUCCACGAUUCGCCGGCGUCCAGCGAGAGUACGGAUGAGGAGGAAGUUCUUUCCGAUGUGGAGCUGCACGAUAAGCAUCUACUUCAACACCGGCACAGCGACGGUAUGAGCAGUAGCUCCACCAGCACGGAGGAAAGCGAUCUGGCGCUCGACAGCUGCGGGCCGAUUGGGAAAAUGCUGUACUCGAAGCACAUGUUCAUUCAGCACAAGUCUGCUUAUCAACUGUAAAAAUGUCUGGGUCUGGAAGAAUGGAACUUGUGAUGCUAAAUCUGAAGCAUACAAAAAUCUGUGUUGCAUGAUUACCAAAAGUCGUCCAGUUUUGGCCAAGUCGGGAGGGAGUUUCUCAUGCAGGAUAGGCAUGAGAGAGAGUGCGCAGAAUCUGUCAUUUUAGGUCCUGCAUUACAGACCUCAUGGGUCAUGAAAAAGCUGCAUGACAAAUCGCGCAUUCUUCCAGACCCAGACAUUUUUACAUUUGAUACUGCUGCCCUGUUGGCGAGUCAGCAGCACAGCCAGCAUGGUACUGACCCGGAUCAUCUUAGUAAGGACCCUGAAAUAAGUGUUGCUCGGGACGGCGAGGACGGUGUUGUUGAAAAUGGUAUGAUUACGGGAGUAGCUGCUGAUCAUAAAAAUCGAAAUUCGUCCUCCACGAGCAAGGAGAAGUGGAACGGAAAAACGACCAUCCACAUCCCGAAAAUUCUGAAUUUGGAGCAGAAAUCGCUGGACCGGUCCUGGUCCUGGCUCAAAAUCGGCCGGGACAGCAGCAGUGCGGCCACCUCCAAAGAGAAGCCCUCCGCGUCCGCACUGCUGCAGAAGAAGCCUCGCAGCAUCAAAAUGAGGACGAUGGGCACGCAAACGAGGCUGCUAAGCACCGGCGGAGCAGCUGAGCGGGCGGAUGGAACAACAAACCUUCCGAUCGAGCACGAUGUUCCCCUAGUAGACCAGCGCACACCCGCUGUGCCAGAAGUGGAAGUCGGCGAGGUGGUGCGGCGGUGGAAGCUUUCCGCACUGUCGUCGUCCACCCGAGCCGGACACCUUCUUCCACAAUCGGAAACCUGCAACAAUACAAAUAUUUCUCCUUCGAACAAGGGGAAUCCCUCGACGUCUAUCAAAUGCAAAAAUGUCCGGGUCUGGAAGAUUCUGAGACUUGUCAUGCUAAUCUGGCACGAGUCUGAACUCUGUAUUGCGUGGCCGCAAAGAGCCCUUCCUCCCUGUCAUGCAAAAACGCAGUUUCUCAUGCGGAAUACGCAACUCAGAACCAUGAAAAAAACUUGUCAUGCUUGGCGGCGCAUUACAGUGAGCUCACUAUUCCCUCCCUUGCAUCACAAGUCUUCCAGACCCAGACAUUUUUGCAGUUGAUAGCGUCCUCGCGCUUGCAACUAAACAAGCGGUCCAACAGUGCGUCCUCCAGCGCGACCACGUCGGGCGGGGACGAGCUGCACCAAAAUAAUCAUGCCGGUUUCCGGCGCAACCGCGUCCAGCCGUCGACCACAGCGAGCGAGCACGCCUCCGCCGGUCCGCACGAGGCGGGCCACUUGUCCUCCGCCAGUUCCGCGUCCAGCCGGUCGGGGGUGUAUUCCCGCAGCGUCGGGGGCGGGGCCUCCGCGACGGGCGGCACGAAACACUCCAGUCGCAAGAGCAUCAUCCGCAAGAGUUCGCGUCGGAAUACCCUGAUCAACACGUCCAAAUCCACUCCGCGCGCCGUGUUGGCGCUGGGCGGAGCUGCUGGAGGUUCUGCAGCACCUGGUGGUCCGCAUCUACCCCGCUCGGCCCGUUCCACUGCGUCCAGCGGCGGGGGUCUGGCUAGUUCAACAUCGGGGACGAGACAACUACCACCACAACCUGGUGAUAUUCCCCGCGAAGUAGAGUCGGUGCCCAGGCUGGCGCUGCAAAAAAUGGUGCAGGACGGCUUGUUCGGUGGAAGCGCAAUGAUGAACAGUGCUGGUAGCCAGCUUCCAUCUCUAGUAUCCGCCGCAAAUAAAGAUCAAGACGACACGGCACACAAUCCGACUGGUGCGCUUGCGACGUUGAGCUUCGGAGAGGACAGCAGUAAAAUUAUGUUGAACUGCAGCACGCCAAAGCCGAACGCAGACCCCUCAAAGCAUCUGGAAUCUUCUUGUUCCCUCAAAGAUCCGGAUGCCAAGAAUUCUUCUGGCCAAGAACAUGAUGAAGGUCAACAUCUUCCUGCGACGAAAAUCGGCGAGAGAACCACGACCACGACUGUGCACGACGACGGCGACCACCUGGCAAAAACUUCCGACGACCUGCUGCUCGUGAGUAACACGUUGAAGAACCAACUGAAGAGCAGCGCCUCAAACAAUUGGAUCCUGGAGCAGCAUGCGCCGACGGUGAAGCAGUUGAAACAGGAAAUUUCCAAGCAUUUUCGCAUUCCCGUCACGCUCCUCGUCAUCAUGGAGGUGCGGAUUCCCGUCGAAGACCAGGAUGAAGCUGCUGCUGCUGCGGCGGCGACCCAUGGGACCACGACUGAGGACGUAGGUGCCGAUGUUGUGCUCGACCGUGAAUUAGAUUCCUCGCCUGCUCCUGGUUGUGCAGUUUGUUCGAGUCCCGCGACAAGAAUGAGGCCUCUAAAAACCGACAGUCCGGAAGUAGAUGCGGACCACGGUUCUGUAGCGAGCAACGACGAAGCACUUCUGGAGCACACCACUUCGCGCCCCACAAGUGAGCAGGAAGAAGAGCCGCACGAGAAGAUCUUGGACGAUGAAGACGUGUUGGAACUUGUUCCCACGACCUCGGUGCAUCUCCCGGCGAAUUCUUCUCGUGUCGUCCAAUCACAAGCCUAUGCAUUGCAAAAGUGUCUGGGUCUGGAAGAUUCCGAGACUUGUCAUGCGGUUUUUCCAAGCUCCGCCAAGUCUGGAAUGCAGGGCCUGGCAUCACAGGUUCGGGAGCCCCUUGGUGAUGCCUAUUCUGCAUGAGACAUGCCCUCUCAGAAUGGCCAGAAAUGGGGACCUUUUGCAAGUCACGCAACACAGAUUUUUGUAUGAUCCGCAACACGCAUCACAAGUUCGCAUCCUUCCAGACCCAGACACUUUUGCGGUUGAUAAAGCCGGUGCUGCCACAACGACGUCCACACCCAGAACCGCCCACGCCGUGAGCGUAUGCUUUGCAAAAGUGUCUGGGUCUGGAAGAAUCCAACUUGUCAUGCUAAUUUUGGAUUCGAAAAAAAUCUGUAUUGCAUGAGCUGCAAAGAGAGUCCAAGUUUUGCUACACGGACAGAGCAUUUGUCAUGCGGUAUAGGCAUCAGCAAGCCCUCACAAAAUCUGUGAUGCUAGGGCAUGCAUCACAGACAUCAGGAGUCAUGCAAAAUGUGCAUGACAAGCCUGGCAAUCUUCCAGACCCAGACACUUUUACAAUCCAUAGAGCGCCAGCGCGAACAACACGCACCUCGUAAUCCAAAGCAGCCCCCGCGGCGGGCCGCCGGCUUCGGACCUCCUGUUGCAGCAGAUUGGGAAUCCAAGCGAAUUCUUUGCGGAUAAAAAUUCAUUUCCAGCGACAACCACCGAGAACAGGAGCAGUGGAAGUAGCUCUGCCGCCAGUUGUGCAGCUGGGUCGUCUUGCGGCGUGAACAGUCGCGAACAACCGGCGGCAGGAGGUCGUGGUUCUGCUGCGCCCGCAGGAAAAGAGGAUCUCGACACUACUACGACAUCAGGUACUUGUGCGAAGAAGCAGCGCCCCCAAAACUACUGUGUGACCAAGCAGCCGGAUCACGUUUAUUACCGGUAUCUGGUGAAGAGGCAGCCUUUCGACGAAGAUUUGGAUGAGUCAGCCGAUGAAGACAAACUGUGCGAAGACCUGAACCGGCUCGGGCUGGCGGCCUGUCGGGAAUGGGUCUAUCAGGAAGAAUUUCUUAACUUGAAAGGUAAACAGGUGGGCAUCCAGAGUGAAACCAAAAGUGUCGCUGAGCCAACGCGCGUAGAGGUUACAUCAACCGCGGACCACUCCACAGCAGUUGUAGUUCCUGCUGGGAUAGCAAGCGGUUCACCCACCCCUGCUUCUGUUCCAAGCGGCUUUGACUACCCGACCUUCUUUCGCAAACGGUGCGAGUUGCAACAAACGAACCUCGCGAUCGCCCUGGCCGAAUACGGACCAUGGGACAAGAUUUUGGUGAGCGGGCUCACGAAUUAUACAGGUGUAGAACUACAAGAAUCAUCCCAUCAUGACGAGAAAUUCGACGCUGACGCGCUUCGUGGUCGAGAAGAAAACGGCAAUACGCACGAUCCAGGAGGAGCUGUACAGGGAAACGCACUCUUCUCGUCAUUAGAGUUAUCCGCCUUUAUGUCCGCAUGCUGGAUGACCACCCCGAUUGUUGCGGCUAGCCGGAUAUCACAUGCAAAUAGGUUUGGGUCUGGAGGAAGAACAAGGCAGAUUUUUGUCAUGUUGUUUUUGCAUGACGUGGAACGGAAGGCCUGUCAUGUUUGCAAGUCCUGGGAUCACAGGUUUUGGGAAUGAUGUUUCGCAAUGGAUAAUCCGCACGGAUAAAAAUCCCUUCUCUAUUCGGUUUAACAAGAAGAAUUAGUAGGCAACUUUUGCUGCAUAAAUGGCGGACUUUUGCUGUGCAUGGGUGACAGAGUUUUCUUGUGCGACUUGAAACGCGGCGCACCCGACGUUUCUUGCAUCUCUCACCUUUCAGACCCAGACGCGUUUCCACUGCAUCCAGGAUGGCCGCCAGCAGCGAGGAUGAGUCUGACAUGGAUAGCGUGCCGUAUGCAUUGCAAAAGUAUCGUACUAGUAUAAAUUGCAUCACAAGUUUUUUCAAGAAGAGAAAUGAAAUUUGUAAUGCUGAUUCACCUAAAGAGGGAUGUUUGUCAUGCAUGAUCGCAAUUACUACGAGUACGAGUACGAUACUUUUGCACAGGAUAUGCCGAGUCGUACUACCACGAAAACCAGCCUUUUCCUUGCGCUAUCAAAUGUAAAAAUGUCUGGGUCUGGAAGAUGCCAGGUUUGUCAUGCAUAUUUUGCAUGACCCAUGAGGUCUGGUAUGUAGGACAUAGCAUGCCAGAUUCUCUGUUAGUUCUAUCAUGCCUAUCCUGCAUGAGAAACUGCCUCUCGAUUAUGUCAAAAGUGGACAGCUUUUGGUAAUCAUGCAACACAGAUUUUUUACAUGAUUCAGAUCUAGCAUGACAAGUUGGUUUCUUCCAGACCCAGACAUUUUUACAUUUGAUACGCGCAGGCACAGAACAACAGUGGUGUCGUUUCUCACCAGCAACAAGACCUACCGUCGGUGGCAACGAAACAGGACGAGGGUCAUCUUCAUCUUGUUCACGUGGCUAACAGUUGUAGGAACGCUCCUGCAAGUGCGAACCCAACUACACCUGGACACGAGAAGUCUACUAGUGCAAAUUACAAGGAAGGACCAGCGGAGGUUGUGAGAAGUGCAGACCUCCACCAGGCUGGAACAUCAAGACGCGGUGACAUCGUUGCUCAGAUACACGACCCCGCUGUGGAGCAGACCGCGUUCUCGUCGCAACUGCGAGAGGAAGUGAAAUUAAAUUCAGACAGCGAGGAUAUGGAGGUUUUUGAUUGGCGGAACAACAAGCUACUCGCGAAGUUGCGCCAGGAAAACGUGGAUCAGGUGGUUGCUUCGUCUUCCAAGGAAAAAGAACAAAGUAGAGAAAGUCUGGAAAGAAGAAAUAAAAAUGCUGGCGAAAGAAAUGUCGAAAUGCACACGAACUCGAAGCACAGUCCAGUGAGCCAGCAUCUUCCUGACCAGGACCCGUCUGGUUCCGCCUCUGCAGCGUCCCGGCGCCGGAGCAGUAGCAGCAGUUGCUCUGCGUCCAAGAAGAGUGCCAUGAAAAAAACUAAAGAUAGAGAAACAGAAACCUCCACUGUGCUGGCUGCGAAUCAGGGACGAGAAGCGACUUCUAGUACACUUCUAAAGGGAACAAGUAUUGACAACGACCCCAACAGCAAAACGACAACCUCGUCUAUGAAAAAAAUAAGUGCGAAAGGACCGUCGACAAGCAAAAAACCCGCGGACCUGACGCGACUGACAGCGAAGAAUUUGCGAAAUUUGGCGCAACCAGUGCCUGUGAUCAACCAACGACGAGCCGGGCAGCACGGAAUUCUGCUGUCACGGGAUCUCGACCCGCCGGACAGCUCAAAGAAUGCAGGUAUGGCCGCACCGUCCAGUGCGGAUCACGUGGUAGACAGCACGUUAAUUGGGAAAACUUUGAAGAAUCGAAGGAGCGAAGGAACAAACGACGAAGUAGAUGUCGAGCUGCAAACCAAAGAACAGAUGAAUAGCAGUGUUGGUACUCCAGGAGGAGUACAAGGCGCGGCCACUUCUUCUGUUCUGAGAGCUACUGGCAGCGCAGUGGAUGAAGAAGCCCGGCAGAUAAAACUAGGAACAAGCGCACCAGUCGCCGCCCGUGCAUCAGAACAGCCGUUCCCGCUUCUGGUGCCGGUGGUGAAAACCCGCAAAAGCCGGGGGUCUAUCGCCUCCAGCAGUGACGCCAGCCACAAGAAGCACGUGAGCAUGUCACUAAACGCGCAUUUUCGCAACUGCGAUACGAGCUCGGAUUCCUCCAGUCAGCAUGCGGUCGAACAAGAACCGUCGAGCCACGCUUCUAAAACUAGGUUCUCACGAGGGGAUAAUGACAACGCGGAAUCUUCGUCCGACGGUUCGAGUAACGUAAAGAAUUAUCAGCCGCAACAUCUUCACGUGACAGGAGGGACUACCGGUCAACAAAUCUUCCCCGGAAGUGGUGGUGGCGGAGAAGCUACCGCCGCCACCGCGAUGUUCUUGCCUACGAUAUCAGACCAAAAUUUGCCGGUGACCACAAUGAAAAAGUCGUACAUAAUGCCGGCUGGUGCAAUGACCAGUACUACCAGCAACCCCGCGCCGCCGAUUAUAUCCUCGAUGAAGGAGCCCUCCGCCAAGUUCCUGAUCUCCGACGGUUCCGCGGAUGUGCACAGUUCUUUCGGCGCCGCGCCUUCGACCAAGGUUGUGACGAUGCAACUGAAUACGCGUUUUCUGCUCCCGGAUGAGGAUGAGGCGGAUGAGUCGCAGUCCAUGUACACAACGCCCGGAGGGCCGAACAACCGCUUUUUCCACGACGACACGACGCCAGCGCGCUUCGACGGCCGGGACGCGGGUAGUGAAGACUUGUUCUCGCAGGAACCCCCCGACCACAAGGAGCACGCGGGGAACACCCCCUUCCGUUUGCAUAACACGAACAAUCUGUACGAGGACGAAAGCUUUCCGUUUUUCCCCGAACAACAAAGGCAGUUCUUGGCCGGACCUGUUGCAACUUCUACGCGAGCAGGGGGAGAAAAAAAUCCGGAAGAAGAAGGGCAAGACGAUCAUGUAACGCCGGGCACUGGAGGAGCAAUCCUUGGUGACAACAUAGCGGACUACAAAGGUCUUGCGCGGUCCUUCGAGGACGGCGGCGAAAGGGCACUCCGGAAGGAUAAAAACGACGACGAGGAUUAUUCGCCCUCUGCGCAGGCAUUUUUCCAGGACGAACUGCAGAAGCCGGGGUCCCUCGGCCAGCGCUUUCCGUUCUUCUCCCCGCCGCUGCGACCGCGCGGGGGCGGGGGGAGCGGCGUAAAACAGCCCCACUUGCCUAUUCCUGUGGCCGCGAGCUGCGCGACGAAAGUAGAUCUGUUUACAGCGUCGGCGGCCUCUUCACACGAAGCUGCGCACGCGAGCGGUGGCUCAUCUUCUUCUAGUGCCACAGAUUCUACUACAACUGCUUCCAACGCGGGGGUCAGCAAGAACCAGCAACAGGAGACGCCAAACCACAUAGAAGUGGCCGGUCAGCCGGCUGGCCCGCCGCGUGCUCCCGGAAGGUUUGAAGACAAAAGCGGUACCGCGGGUAGUGGCGAUUUGAGUAGUUUCCCGUGGAACACCGCAACGGAAAAAGUUUCGAGUACUAGUACACAGGGAGACGUACGACCUGCGGGGGAAGACAACUCCAUACAUCCACAGCAAUCCGAUCACGCAGAUGAUCCUGAACAGGCCGGAAAAUCUUCUGCUUCAGCAUCUUCGCGAGUUGUAAAUGAUCACACAACGACGACCCAGAACUACAAUAUUAGCGCCGCGACGUCCAUACUAACCACUCCGCACCAGCGCUCUGCUCGUAAGCGUGUAGCAGGGAAAGAAGAUCAUGCGGAUCAGGAAGUGCUAGCUUAUGAUACUCAAAAACACCUGGAGCAGACCGCCAAUUUGGCCAACAGAACUACUCACGAUACAAGACACGAGGCAAACAACGACCUACGAUUAAUGGCAAGCACCGGUUCGUGUUCCCGCCCGCACAGCCGUGACCUGCCGGCUCGCGCGAUCCUGACCCGAACCAACGCCAGCGAAGGGAAAACCAGUUUCCAUUCUCGCAGUGCCUGGAGUACGCCGCGAGAGGUUGCGAGCGACAGGAAUAAAACCAGGACGACCACGCCCCGGAGACUUAUCCCUAGUAAUUCUGCUGCAACUGCUUCGUCGAGUACUCAACGUAAAAAAGCCUCGUUAUCGCGCCGUUCUUCGUCGAAGAGCCUGUCUGCAAAGCUGCAAGAGCAACAUUCCUCCGCCUACUCCGAUUGCAGUUCGUCCACGUUUCUCUUGCGCACCGCCGGCCAUUACGAAAAGCACCCCGGGUCCAAGCACGGUGCGCAAACGGAAGCUGUAGACGUGGUGCUGAACACCGCGGGGACGCUAUCGUGAGGAAAAAUCCCCCUCCCCGUAUCGAUAAGGAACGCCUCAGAAAAUUUGUCAUGCUGAUUUGUGACCACAAAUCGCAUCUGUGACGCAAGAAAGCAGCGCCACAGUCUCCGCCCCAUUAUGCAGGCGGUUUGUAAUGCUGCUGGUCCUCCGGCAUAGACGUUCCCCAUGCUAAGUGCCUAGGCCAAAACCUCUGCGCAUCCAUGGGCAUGAUAUGGGCCUUCAGUCGUCUACUGCAAGAGAGAUGUGGUUCGUGUACUCAAAUACAGCAACACAAGUUUCGUUUUCGACAUGGGGAGGGGGGAUUUUUCCUUUUGAUAGACGCAGACAGAAUGGACCUUCUCGCCCGCCACAAGAACGAGAAAUCACGAUGAUUCCGCAGGUGAAAGCAAGAAUAAGGCUGAGGGACAAGGACUUGGGCAAGAAAAGGAAGAUCGUUUUGACGCAGAAGGGAAUGAAGUUGUGGCAGUAGCUGCAGAUCAAGCUGUGACGACGGAUAGAAGCAGUGCCGCUAACCCCCUUGUGGCCGCUGCUUCAUCUGGUGACAGAGGAACAGCUCCUGCUUCAGGAAGAGAAAAAGAAACAACUAGAGCCGAACAAGCUUCCACAUGCGACCCCUCCAAAGUACAUCAAGCAGAAGACUGCGACGAGCCGAUUGACAGUACAAAAACCGUGACGAAAGCAAGGAACUCAUCCAAUGCAGAGAUGCAAAUAGCCGCUGUCGAUAAAUUUUCUCUCCCGGCGACUUCUUCACGGCAUCAUCAUGCGACGGAGGCAGCUGUUGAAAAGGAAGAGAAUGGGAAAAAACAGACAGAGCCAUCGGGCGUCGUGGAGUCAAAAAAUGCUGAUGAAAGACAAAAGGAUACCACGACAGCAGGAGAAAUAAAACACGACAAGGACGCAAACCAAAAUCAACGCGCGGUCCUGUCCCCCGAAAGCCUGCGGCGUCUGGAAGUCCGCUCGGAUCAUAACCUGGACCAGCACAAUACCGACGAAAGGAAUUUGAUUCUGCAACAGUUGCGCAGGCAAAGCCAUAACCACGUAACACAAGCUGGUACGAAUCAGAUGAAUCUUGUUCGCGGUGGUCAAAAUAAUCCUGCUACAACGCAGAACCCAGGGCCCCAGACGAGCAGCGGCGGUGGUGGUCAGCAGCUUGUUGAAGACCCGCACCCGCCAUUGCAUGGUUUAAUGAACGCGAGCACAGGCGGCACAACUUCCAGAAACGCGAUGAACAACACCUCGGCGUGCUCGGAGUACUCGGUGGUGACUACAACGACCGCGCGGAACAACCGCGAUUUUGACUACAACGAGCUGCUUCACCCGGCACUCUCGGUGUUGCAGCGCUUCUCCGCCAGUUACGGGUUGACAAGCAGCACAACUAGUAGUACAACCGGCUUGAUGUUGGCUCAGAAUCCAUCGGAAGCGGGGGGUCUUGCUGGUGCGGCGGGAGCGGAAGGCGGGGCGGGACUACAACAGGAUUGUUUAUCCAACAACAAGAACUCAUCUGGAUCUGCUUCCACGAUGAUGCUGACCAAUGUGCAGUAUGGUCCACCUCCUUCGCGAAAAAUGCAACUCCAGGAACACGAGCCGCAGCUUCGGUUCCGCCAGAUGCUGAAUGCCAAGACGCAAAACAACGAGACCUGCCUGACGUUUGCGGGGAAUGAGGAGGUGCUGCUGAAGUUGCUCACCACGUACCGGGAUUACCUGGAUGUGGAAAACACGGUGAACGCCAUCACGAAGACGAACCCGCUGCUCCCGCACAGCAACGCCUUCGCCGCCGGGACGCUCGCCUGGUCCUCCGCCCAGCUGUCGCGGACCAUCCCGUGGAACGUGCUCAUUCAGGCCUGUUACCGCAAGUACCGCCGGGUGGUCAACGAACUGCUGUCCUUUCCCACCACGAAGCGGCCCUGGAAGUGGAUCGUGGAGAAAGAGAUGAUCGUCCCGGGACUUUUUAACAGCGAAAAAAACAACUCCUCGGCAGCGGAAAAAAAUGGUCCUACUUCAGGAAAUGCUCCUUCGUGCGGUGGGGUGAACAAGGAGGAUAAGAAUCUUCCCGAUCCUUCUACCGCAACUGCAGAGGCGGGGGCAGAAAAGACAACUGCAGCAGCUCCUCUGACGAAAGACGGAUGUUGUGCGAACGGUCCUGCUCCUGCCAUGUUUCCUGAACAAGACACAGCUGAGGAGAAGAAAAAUGAACAUAGCAAUCCAGCACCAGAGAACGAAACGAACAAAAACGACACUACAGAUGAGGAAGAUGAAAAUGAACAAUUUACGCCCUUUUUCCUUUGUCGCGUGAAUGGUUGGGAGCCGGAAUUAGCCCGAAUGAAAGAGUAUCUGGAAAAAAUGGACGACUGAAAAUGUAGUUUUGCUGAGCAACUCCCUGACGAAAUGAAGGUUGGAAAGAAUGUGAAUCAUGAAAGCGACGCCUGAGAGGACGCGCACUUGCUCUUGCAGUUGUCUUUAGUAAGUAGCAGUGCAGAAUUUCUGUGCGUUCUGUUCCAAAUUCGUGGAAGUCAAAGUUGUGUAGCGACCUGUUGACCUGCAGGACGGCGGUG